AUGCAGCAGCCGAUCACCACGCUGCUGCCGCUGCUUCUCUUCGCUGCGUUUCCUGCACCGUCGAACGCUUGGGGUGUCCAUGGCCAUCUCAUCGUCUGCAAGAUCGCACAGGGCCGGCUGAGCGACGCGGCCGCCGCGGCGGUGAGGGGCCUGCUGCCAUCCUACGCCGGCGGCGACCUGAGCAGCCUCUGCUCCUGGGCCGACGACGUCAAGUUCAGGUACCCCUGGUCGGCGCCGCUCCACUACAUCGACACGCCUGACCGCCUCUGCGGCUACACCUACGACAGAGACUGCAAGGACGAGGAUGGCGUCGAGGGCCGGUGCGUCGCCGGCGCCAUCAACAACUACACCUCCCAGCUCCUCACCUAUCAUACAGCAUCUCCUUCUACUCAAUAUAACCUGACACAAGCACUUCUGUUCCUUGCACACUUCAUGGGGGACAUCCACCAGCCGCUUCAUGUGGGUUUUACCUCCGAUAAAGGAGGAAACACCAUUGAUGUGAACUGGUACAAAAGGAAGACUGUUCUCCACCAUGUUUGGGAUGACAACAUCAUCGAAACGGCAGAAGACGAGUAUUACGGGGAAGGUGUGGCUGAAUUUGUCGAUGCACUGUUGCAGAACAUAACGGGAGAAUGGUCACAGCGAGUGCAAGGGUGGGAAGAAUGCAGCAAGAACCAGACCACAUGCCCAGACAUGUACGCAUCCGAGAGCAUCACUGCAGCGUGCGACUGGGCAUACAAGGAUGUGGCAGAAAAUUCAGUCCUAGAAGAUGCAUAUUUCUGGAGCAGGUUGCCAGUUGUGAAUCUCAGGCUAGCUCAAGGAGGCGUCAGAUUAGCUGCCACUCUGAACAGAAUAUUCAGUUAAAGGAAGACGCACCACAUAGUGCAGACAUUAGUCAGGGCCAUUCCUAGUAUUUCGGGGCCCUUAGGGCGAGAUAAAAUUUGGAGCCCUUUGCUUCAACACAAUAUAUAGUAAUAUGUUUUAUAUUAAUGGUAAAAAUAUUCAGUACAUCUAGGG